GAAGACAACCCGACGUGAUGACGCAAUCAAUAAGCGACCACAGUCAGUUUUGUUUCUUCUGAUCGUGUUGGUGGAGAUUUUACAAGGACCAAUUGGUGUUUUGGGUUGUUGGUGUGCCAUUGGCCUCUUGGACUUGUGGACAUUUAAGCUGCCAUUUACGGUACAGGGAUUGCACAGACAAAUAACUACCUUGGUGCCAUAUAAGGAGAGACCAAGAAAAAAACGACACGAGGAUAGGACAAGCGAGUGAGCAGUGCAGCGUUGGGGAUGGGGUUGAAGAGCCAAAGGAGAAAGUCAUGGUUCACAGCAGCUUUUCUUCCCCGAUGAAUGCAACGUCUGCUCUGCCUUUACCAGCUUCUACCACAGCGCCCCCUGUUGUGCCCCCACCUGCAGACAGCACAGAGCACACCGUACCCCAGGCACCCAUCAAACCCACCUCUGAUUCAACCAAUGUGUCAACUCCAGUUCCUUCUAAUGCUGAAUCUCCCAUCAACAAUGAUUCAGUUUUGUCAGAGUCUGUAUUGUCCACUUUAACACCAACCCCUGCACAACCAGUUUUCAAUGGCCGCACAUCAGGAAGGAAAAGGACUCCUAAGUCUUGUGACUGCUGUGGACCGAAAGGUCACGGCCACAAUGUCCAGACCCCAAACAGAGGACGGGGAAGGGGCAGAGGGAGGGCCAGAGGGAGAGGGAGUGCUAUCAACCUGGAAGAUGCUCCUAAAAGGAAGCUUGGAGGAUUCCUGACACACAAUAAAUCUAUUACCUUGACAUAUGAGAACUUAGGUAAAGUUGAAGGUACUACAAUGGGAGCUGACAGUCCGUCACAAAACUCAAUAGAAAUGCAUAUCCCUGUUCAGGAUGGGUUAGCAGUGAACUCUGUGUCACCUGAGAUAAAAAAUAUACAAAAUGACAAGACACCGAUAGCAAAGGAUAGUAUCAAUAACAAUGAUAUUGAAAUGAAGGUUUUGGAUGUGGUUCAAAGCAGCCCCGUAAUAGGAAUCCUUUCUACAAUUACUACAACUACACCAGGUGAAAUUAAAAGGAAAAUUGACGAUAAUGUUUUAAGUUCUUCAACCAAUGUCCAAGCUUCAUCAAUGGCAAACAAACAGGCAAAAUUGGAACAUGAGCAGCAGACUGACCCAAAGCCUUCAUCGCAAAAUGGCGAUGUAAAACUUUCUCCGAAUGGAUUACUGAGAAGUAACAAAGAUGGGAGUUUAACAGAAGUGAUAAACGGACCAUUGCAGACUGGUACAAAGCCAGGAGAUACCUCUGCUGUUGACUUGAUUUUAAUAGACCAGACCUCUGAGAAAACAAACUCUGUACCUCUUACUUUGUCCAAUGGAAACACCAUCACACCAAAAGACAACACUCAGGAAGUUAUCGCUAUAGAUUCAGUGACACCCCAACCACCUGCUUCCCCCCCUCCGCCUCAGGAGCCCAUCACCGUGAGCAGCGAGGAGCACCCUUGGGCGUUACAGGAUCACAGGAUGUACUGUCGACAGGGAACAUGGGGCAAAGUGGACCAGGCCGAGGGGACAGGAGGAGAGAAGUCAGAUGACAAAUCACAGGCACAAGAAGAGGAUUGGGAGUGCGAGCAGCUUCUUGAUAUGGUCCAUGAAUUCCUUGAGAGUUUUUAUCUAAAAUAUGGCAGUUUCAUUCCUCUUGCUGAAAGCGAUGUCGUGGAACAUUUGAAGAACAAGGGCAAAUCUGACCUCACAAACAAGGGAUUGGAUAUUCAGAAGGAGGUGAAGCAGUACAGAGCAGGGCUGGCCUCUGCUCCAGUGGCUGGGUUCAUGGUGACACAUAACAGGCACACUCUGAGUCUGGACGACUUGAGCACAUUAGAGGAUCAGAACUGGAUCAAUGACCAGAUCAUCAACAUGUAUGGAGAACUCAUUAUGGAGGCGACUGAACAGAAAGUUCACUUCUUCAACAGCUUUUUUCACAAGCAGCUGGUUGCCAAGGGUUAUGAGGGUGUGAAGAGAUGGACGAAAAAAAUUGACCUGUUUUCCAAGUGGUUGGUGCUUAUUCCCAUUCACUUAGAGAUCCACUGGUCUCUGGUCACAGUCAGUAUGGCGCACAAAACUAUCAGUUACUACGACAGCCAAGGCAUCGUCUUCAGACACACCACAGAAAAUAUCAUGAAGUACCUUCUGGCUGAAGCCAAAGAGAAAAAACAGACAGCUUUCCAAAAAGGCUGGAAGAUCACCAUCAUCAAGGGGAUUCCUCAGCAGAAAAAUGACAGCGACUGUGGGGUUUUUGUCCUUGAGUAUUGCCGCUGUCUGUCAGUGAAGCAGCCUUUUCGCUUCAGUCAGGAGGACAUGCCGCGCAUUCGAAAGAGGAUCUACAAGGAGCUGUGUGAGUGUCGUCUGGACGUCUAAAACUCCGCCCCCUUUAGAUCCCCUCACCCCUUUACGCUCUGGGACAUGGUCGACUGACAACAUGGCCUCUCAGCGACAACAACACUGCAAAAGUGAUAUCUACAGAAUUAAAACGCCUAGAGUCUGUAAUCUUUAUUUUAGCAGUUUUGACUAGUUUAGGUUUAUUUAUGAGUUUAUUUAUUGGUGUACAUUUUUGGACCUGUUUCGAGGGCUUUUGGACUGUAAUCCUCGUUUUAAAACUGAAAUCAAAAAACAAAUUCAAGUAGCAGUUUCAUAUUUUUUCCAAACUCGUUCAGCUGUAGAUUAAAUGUAUUUAAAGUUGCUGUACCUGAUUUUAAAACAGGAAUAACAAAACUAGUUCAUUGUGAACGGUUUGCAGUGAUAUAAAGUUAUUCUUCACUUACCUUAGGUGUCUUAAUUAUUCACUGUCAGGAGUUUAUUAGUGCUUUUCACAACACACAGACCCCAGAGCGUAGUUUUACCAUGACAGUAACACUAACAUCAGCUAAUAUGCUAACGCUAUACAAUAAAAUGUUAGAUGCAGACAGCACAGACUAUUUUGACCUCAAGAGCUGCUUAGACAAUAUAUCUGCUCAAAUACAAAAAAAUGGUACAGGACCUCCAAUUUAAUAAUAAAUAAGUAAAUAAAUAAUUAAAAAAUAGAAAAAAGCAUGAUGGGUUUACUCUGACUGUUUGUAAAGUAUUGUAAAAGUGUGUAGUCUUGGCUGGCUUGGCAAAAGAACAAUGGAACUUAAUAUUUCAACUAAACGAGUUGAAUUUUCUUUGAUUAAUUGUUGGAACCAGCUUAAAAUACCUCGAAACAACCCAGAAAUUCUAAACCACUAACUAAAUACAGCUAACGGGUUCAGUCCUGGUUUAGACCUGGUUUAGACCUGGUUUAGACCUGGUUUAGACCUGGUUUAGACCUGGUUUAGACCUGGUUUAGUCCAGUCAGCUAACAGUACAACCGAUUCAAAUCAAAAUUCAUAUUCUCAAUUCAAGUCAUUUUUACUUGUGUAGAUAUUUUUGCAGUGUAUGUUGCAUAAGCCAACACAUCCAGGUCGUCUACGUCUGACCUCUGCUCCCUCCAUUUUCAACUGACUGCCGUGGUCUUUCCGAUCGACCAAAAACUAUUAACUAUUCACAAACUCCAGAUGUCGCCCUCUACUGACUGAAGAUAGUGCUACAGUACGGUUAUUCACUGUUUUUUGCCAAAUCCUCAAGAACUUUGGAAAAGAGAGGAACCUGCUAGGACCAAUUAUGGGAAGAUACUUUUUUCUCCAACUAGUGGCCUUAUAUUGAAUUGGCCAUUUUUAGCUGAAUUUCGGAACAUUACUACGACGAUGAGGUGACGCGCGGACCAGCCAUUCAUUUAAACUUGAAGGAUUACGUUGGAGGAUUCAUUUUGUUGAAACUUUGCACGGUUAAAGGCCUAAAUAUCGAUUAACUGAAUGUGCGAUAAAACGUUUUGCUCCUUCGUCGCAGAGCGGAGACUUGAGCAGCACAAAAGCUAUGGACACACUCACUUGGGAGACGUUUUAAGUUUUAAAUUAUAAUUUCAUCACAGUUAUUAAAAUAUUUUAGUCUUUGCAGUGAGCACUCUUGUUUAUCGAGGCAUUUAGCUACAAGCAAUUUAUGUGUUAAUCCACGGACAACUUGAGUUCCCAUUUCAUGCUGGUUCGUAGAUUUCACAUUUUUUCAGCUGCUGUUGCGAGGACCACACAUUUUAAUCUAAUCCUUGAAGUUUAUCCCAGGAGACCUGUUAGAGUACAUUAGAAUUAGCCUACAUGGGUAUGGGGGAAACAAGUGGACCUCAGCUAUUUUAAAUUUGAAAGCUGCACUAUGUAACAUUUGUCGUGCUGGUUCUGCCCUCGUUCGUCUCCAUGGAGAUGUUAUGGCAUUGCCUGUCGUGUUCCACAGCACGGCAUUCGAUGUAUCUAUAUGGCGUUGUAUCAUUUACUGCGCAAAAAAAUCUGUAAUCUGACCUGUAACUCGGCUUUGUGGUGUCCCUUGCUUGUCUCCAUGGUGACGGUUAAAUUAAAUGCCAUUUUUUGGAACAUUAAUCUGAUCGGCGUCACUUUUUCUGUCCAUGAACAUAGAAGUUUCAGGCCAUACUGUGGAAUAUUACAGCCAAAACAGUAACUUGGAAAUGGACACGUCAAAGCGGCAGAACCUCCACCAGAAAAGUUACGCAGCGCGCCUUUAAUUGUAUAUCCAUCCUGGGUUUUAUUGUUGUAUUAUUUGUAUUUACAGAUUGUAUUGAAAGUCUAUUGGCCUUCUACUGUACAUGCUAUAGCUUCGGCUCAAACCAUGACUGUUUUUACCGUUGUUAUUAAAAGGACUGUACUGCUGG